AUGUACAACCGGGAUGUAGAAUCUUCUCUGAAUCCGAAUGCUGUGUUUCAGGGGGAAGGUGAUGGUAAUGUGCCGUCUCCACCUUCCGUCCUGCCAGGCCCUACCGUUCAUGGAGGCAAUAAGAAACCUUACAGUCGUAUUGACAGAUACCUUACAGUCGUAUUGACAGUUACCUUCAAUCUCAAAUCUAUAUGGAUACAUAUAUUGAAUAAUCUUGUUAACUUGGGAGCUAGAAAGGUUCAAGUAUAUAAGAGCGGCCCUCUGUUUUUAUCAUCGAAAGGAAUCGGAUGGACAUCAUGGAAGAGAAGGUGGUUUAUAUUAACACGUACCUCCUUGGUCUUCUUUAGAUGUGAUCCAACCCUUGGUGGUAUUGAUCUCAACAGUUCUGGAAGUGUGUUAGUCAAAGAAGACAAGGAACUCUUGACCGUGCUUUUUCCUGAUGGUCGUGAUGGAAGAGCUUUCACACUCAAGGCAGAAACACUGGAGGAUUUACAAGAGUGGAAGGCUGCACUUGAGGAAGCCCUGUUAAAUGCACCUAGUGCUGCUCUUCUUAUGGGGCAAAAUGGUGUAAUCAGGAACAAUCAGUCCAAUGCAGCUGAUACUUCUUUGGAAGAGGUGAAAGAUAGACAACCAGUAAAAUCCUUGGUCAUUGGCCGGCCAAUUUUACUUGCUUUGGAAGAUAUAAAUGGGACUCCAUCCCUCUUGGAGAAAGCUCUUAGGUUUGUUGAAGCUCACGGAGUUAAAGUAGAGGGCAUCUUGCGGCAAGCUGCAGACGUUGAUGAUGUUGAACGUCGAAUAAGAGAUUAUGAACAGGGAAAAAAUGAGUUUACUCCUGAGGAGGAUCCACAUGUGAUAGCUGACUGUGUCAAGUAUGUUAUUCGGGAGUUACCAUCAUCACCAGUUCCUGCUUCUUGCUGCAUUGCCCUCCUUGAAGCAUGUCGAACUGAUCGUGGCAUGAGAGUUAAUGCUAUGUGUUCAGCCAUAUGUGAAACGUUCCCAGAGCCAAAUCGCCGCUUAUUACAAAGAAUUCUCAUGAUGAUGCAAACGAUAGCAUCACACAAGGCUGAGAACCGGAUGAGCACAUCAGCUGUGGCGGCUUGCAUGGCUCCUUUGCUUCUUCGCCCCCUUCUUGCUGGCAAUUGUGAGCUAGAAAAUGUUUUUGACAUGGGAGGUGAUGGAUCUGUUCAACUUUUGCAGGCAGCUGCUGCAGCUAACCAUGCUCAAGCCAUUUGUAUUACAUUACUUGAGGAGUAUGAUAAUAUAUUUGGGGAGGGCACUGCAUCCCCUGAACCCUAUACUGAUUCUGCAGAAACUGGUAGUGAGAGUGAGAAAAUUACUGAUGAUGAUGAUGAUGAUGUAGCAGAUAGUUCUGAAGUGGACAUAGAUGUGAAUUCUGUGCAUGCAUUGAGUGAAACUAGCAGUGAGACUGGUGAAACUGAAGAUAAUAAGAAGGUCUCUGGAGGUCAUACAUCAGAUUCCAGUUCUCCUGAAGUGGAUGAUGCUCUUACAGACGAUAUAAUGUUGCCAUCAUAUCCAAUUCAAACUUCAUUACCUCAACAUGAUAGCAGAGAAGGGAGUGACAAUAUUCCAAAUCAAAGUAAUGAUUCAAAGAUACAACCAGAUGAUGAAUUAUUAGGAAUUGAUAAGACGUCCAUAAAGUCAUCAAAUGGACUCAGCUGGAAUGCUCAAUGGCCCACUGCCUGGGGACAUAAACCUGCAAAGAAGAGCCCUUCGAUGGAAUCCAUUGAUCUUCCCUCUGAUGAUGAUACUGAAAUCCAGAAGCUUGAGUCUACUAAAGCUGAUUUUCAAAAUAGGAUUGCUAAAGAGGCGAAGGCAAAUUUGCUUCUGAAAGAUAAGUUGGAGAUGCGGAUGAAUGCUCUGCAUGAGCGCCGCAAUGGGCUUCUCAAAAAUAUCAAACAUGGAAACACGGAUAACUUCCUGCCACCUACUUAUGCAGUUUUAGCAAAUGUUCUAGAUGAAAAUAUGGUGGCAAAACUUCUAGAACAGUUACAGAAGGAAAGGGAGUUGAGGGCAGCACUUGAAGCUGGUCUUAGAAUACCUCAAGAGCCCCUAUCUAUUCCAUCCACUAUUGACGAGAAGAAGGCUGAUGAUCUUCAAGUGCAGCUAAAUCAACAGCAGGAACAGAAUUCCAGAUUUCAGCAUGAUACAGACAAUCAACUUCAACAAAAUCCAAACAAUAAAAAAAAGUCAAAGGAUAAAAAUAUUGAUGUUGGGGACAUAUCCAUCUCAAGUACUUUUGAGAAGUCGGCAAGAAAUAAGGCUGCUAAUUAUACAACCUCUGCACUGGCAAAGCUUACAAAUAGACUUAAAUUCUUAAAGGAAAAACGUGCACAGAUUGCAAAUGAGCUCCAUAAUUUAGACAAAAGCAGAAGUUCGGGUCACUCUAAUGACUCUAUCCAUAACUUUGAACAAGGUGAAGGAUCAGACCAUCAGCAUUUCCAUCAGCAUUCAGUUCCAAAUGCAGAGAAUUCUCAAGGAUCUGAAGGUCAAUCAUCUGAAAGACAUCGAGGAUCAGACAGCAGUCAUAAUCAAGACAUUCAAUUUGUCCAAAAUGCUAAUAGAGCAAGAAACGCUGAAGAGCAUCCUAAUCUGGACAGAGGAAAAUCAGAAAGCUUCCCGACGGUGGACAAAGGGCGUUCUUCUAUGCGUGCUCCAAGAGCAUACUCCAGAUGAUGCAUGCAUGCCUUAUUGGAAGUUUCAAAAUUUGUUCUACAUAAUGCAUCAUGGCCUAAUAGAAUGCCAAAAGAUUAUUUAUAUGGGAGAUUUUCAAUUUGAGAUCUUGAAGGCGUCCAUGCUUCACCAGUUGUUAUGUACAAUUCUCGUUGUGGAAGACAAACAGUUUGGAAUGCUGAUUGACCGAGAGUUUCUUCUUUAGAAACAACUAUGGUGCUCCUGUACAGAUGUAUUUGUAUUGCCAAACACAAUCUAUAAUUUAGAUCAAUAGUUUAAGGUUGUGAAGCAUUUUUAAGCUCAGGUUUUGCUAAUUAGUCUUUAUUAUACAAAGUACGUGUAUGUAUAUACGCCAGCAGAGCCUGUUGCGUGUGUAUUUCCUAAUAAUAUCUAGAGAGAUAUGGUAGCACCAAAAUUUUGAUA